AUGCACUUGGAUGCCUGUAUAGAUGAGAACCUGGACAUGGUGAAGUUCCUUGUAGAAAAUGGAGCCAAUGUGAACCAGCAAGAUAAUGAGGGCUGGACCCCUCUUCAUGCAGUGGCAUCGUGUGGCUAUCUGAACAUAGCAGAGUACUUGAUCAGUCAUGGAGCCAACGUGGCUGCUGUGAACAGCGAAGGUGACGUCCCCUCUGACAUCGCGGAGGAAGCAGCCAUGAAGGACCUGCUUCUGGAACAAGUAAAGAAACAAGGUGUAGACCUAGACCUGGCAAGAAAAGAAGAGGAACAGCAGAUGCUGCAGGAUGCCCGGCAGUGGUUGAACAGUGGGAGGAUUGAAGAUGUAAAGCAGCCCCGAACAGGCGCCACCGCUCUGCACGUUGCUGCAGCCAAGGGCUACUCUGAAGUCAUGAGGCUCUUGAUCCAGGCUGGGUUUAAUUUGAACAUCCAGGACAACGAUGGCUGGACUCCGCUGCACGCUGCGGCACACUGGGGGGUGAAGGAAGCUUGCUCCAUCCUGGCUGAGGCUCUGUGUGACAUGGACAUCAGGAACAAGCUGGGCCAGACGCCGUUCGACGUGGCUGAUGAGGGACUGGUUGAGCAUUUAGAAAUGCUGCAGAAGAAACAGACUGUGUUGCGAAGUGAGAAGGAGACAAGGAACAAGCUCAUUGAAGCCGACAUGAACGGGAAGCCCCAGAGUGGACUCUUCCCCAACAAAGAGAAGAUUCUUUAUGAGGAAGACACACUGAAGUCCGUGGAAAUGGAGGAUGAGAACAAGGACUCAAGCAGUUCUAGUUCAGAAGAAGAGGAAGAAGCUGAAGAUGAAGUUUCAGAAUCAGAUGUUGAAAAGGAGUCAGAGAGGAAGGAAGAGCCCUUUGCCAACCACUCCAGCCAUGAAACCAGGCCUAGCAUCACUGAGCAAAUACCACCACCCGAGCCCAACUCCUUCACUGCAUCUGCCAGAAGAUUCAGUUGGCUCAGCAAGUCAGAGGAGCAGAAGGAUGAGUCCCCCUCGUCGUGGCGGCUGGGGCUCCGCAAGACCGGCCACCAUGCUGUGUGAAGUGGCUGCCACUCGAGAGAGGCACAGGGACAAGACUCCUUCUAUCUACCGCUCCUCCUCCAGUCCUCGGAUAUCUGCAUUAUUAGACAGCAAAGAAAAGGAUAAAGACAGCAAGAGCUAUCUUGCCACAAUAGCCCCCA